AGUGCAAGUUUGUCGCUUGACACUGGUUCCAGCAGCAUGACUACCCAGGUAAUGAAGAACCCUGACGACAUCGCCAAGCUCUUCCGGGAGCAAAGCCAGUUCCCAUCUCUAAGCCGAGCCGACAUUGGUCCAGUGAUAACGACUCAGUACGGCGGGAAGUACAGCAACAUCUACACAGAAUGGAGCCAACGUGACCUAGAGAGAAACGAACAGGUGAAGUUUUGCCGGCAAUAUAUUGUGUUUCACGAUGAUCAGUCCGUUGUCUUCUCUGGACCAUCUGGGAACUGCACAGAGAUCAAGGGAGUGCUGCUGAGCAGAGACUCGCCCUCAGGGGACAUGAAAGCUGUGGUCAGAGAAUGUACUAUCAAAGGAGAGGAGAAGCAGUUCCUGGAGAUUUGGCACAAGAACAGCAAAGUGAAGUGUCUCAAUCUCACGGAUCUGAAGAAGCAUGGCAAAGUCUAUGAGGAUGAUCUGUUUGGCAGUCUGGUCUGGUCUCACUCUGAAACUCACCUUCUGUAUGUGGCAGAGAAGAAAAGACCCAAGGCAGAGUCCUUCUUCAAGACAGAGUCUCCUGAGUCAAGUCCUGUAGGGGAUGAGGAGGAAGGAAUUAAGGUGGGCAAGAAGGAUGAAACCGUAAAGGGGGACCAGUUUGUGUAUUAUGAGGACUGGGGAGAGACCAUGGUAAACAAGAGCACUCCAGUUUUGUGUGUGCUGGACAUCGAGGGCAGCAAUGUGUCUGUGCUGGAGGGCAUUCCAGACAGCAUUUCUCCUGGACAGGCAUUCUGGGCCCCUGGGGAUACCGGUGUGGUGUUUGUGGGAUGGUCGCAUGAACCAUUUCGACUGGGACUGAGAUACUGCCCCAACAGAAAGUCGUCCUUGUUUUAUGUGGAUCUGACCAGUGGAAAGUGUGACCAGCUGUCCGAUUCCAGUGCAGUGUGCUCCCCGCGCCUCAGCCCUGACCACUGCCGGAUCGUCUACCUUGAGUGUGGAGUGUACGGGCCGCACCAGCAGUGCUCCAGGCUAUGCAUGUAUGACUGGUACACUAAGAAGACCUCCAUCAUUGUAGAUGUGGUGAACAGACCUGGGGAAGAUGGCUUCACUGGGAUCUACAGCGCCAUGCUGUCUCCUAUGUGCUGGUCGGCUGACAGCCAGCGCGUCCUCUUGUCCUGUCCCCAGCGGAGCCGAAAGGAACUUCUGCUAGUUGAUACCUCUACAGGCGGAGUCACAUCCCUCACCUCCAAGUCAGACAUGGGGAGCUGGUCACUGCUCACUGUCCACAGAGACCUGAUGGUGGUCAGCUGCUGCUCCCCAAACUGCCCCACCAGUCUGCGUGUAGCCUUCCUGCCUGAGCGAGGUUCUGAGGCGAAGGUGAGCUGGGUCACCCUGGAGACGGCUGAGGUACAGUCCGACAUUGAUUGGCAGAUCCUCACCUUCACUCCGCCCCCAGAGCAGGAGAACAGCCAGUACCCUGGUUUGGACUUUGAGGCCCUGCUGCUGAAACCAAAGGAAUCCAAAGAAGGAGCGAAGCUGCCACUCAUUGUCACCCCACAUGGUGGUCCUCACUCAGUGAUAACUGCAGACUGGCUCUUGUCCUCCUCUGUUUAUUGUAAGAUGGGAUUUGCUCUUCUGCUGGUGAACUACCGUGGCUCCAUUGGGUUUGGUCAGGACAGCAUCUACUCUCUCCCUGGGAACGUUGGCACACAGGAUGUGCUUGAUGUUCAGUUUGCCGUGGAGACUGUGCUGAAGCAGGGCUGCUUCGAUGAGCAGAAGGUGUCCAUCUCAGGAGGCUCCCAUGGCGGCUUCCUGGCGUGCCACCUUAUUGGCCAGUUUCCAGACUUCUACAAGGCGUGCAUAUCACGGAACCCUGUCACCAACCUGACUUCCAUGAUUGGCAGCACUGACAUUCCAGACUGGUGCAUGAUAGAAGCAGGACUGGAUUAUAGCCCAGAUGCCCAACUAAACCCUGCUGCUUACGGGCAAAUGUUUGAUAAGUCUCCGAUAAAAUACAUCUCUCAAGUGAAGACGCCAGUUCUGCUCACACUGGGAGAAGAUGACAAGCGUGUCCCUCCAAAACAGGGCAUCGAGUACUACAGGGGCCUCAAGGCUCGCCAGGUCCCCGUGAGGUUACUGUGGUAUCAAGGCAAUAACCAUUCACUGUCCACAAUCGCCGCGGAGUCCGACGGGUUUAUGAAUAUUGCUUUGUGGAUCAUCCAGCACUGUGGCCUUCAGUAAAAGGGGUCUGGGUAGGCCUCUGUUCUCAACUGCUGUUCCCUUACAUGGGGAAACGUUGAGGGGGAAGUGGGGAACCAGCUCUGCCUUUCUAUGGGGGGGGGGGGGGGGCUUCCUCUUUCUCCCCCCUCCCACACUUACACAAGCCAGAAGAUUCAAGCCCCUCAGCACCGACGCUACUUUUAAACCAAAAGAUAUGAAAUGCACUACAGUAUGGAUUAGUAUGGCAGAGGCCAAGACGAGUAUACGGCAAGAACAGAGGCUUGGUAAGGUGGAUACUGUGUUCAUUACUCUAAAUGAAUGUGUUUAUAACUGCCUCAUGCUGAAAUAUAAGCCUUUAUCUAAACUGCCACUCUGUCAUUUCUUUUUCUGUCUGAGACGAAUGCGAAGGUGUUUUUCAGUGUGAUGCAAAGGUUCCGAUUAAAAUUAACCAUUGCUUUUAGCCGAUGCCUCCAGCCUUCCACAGUGUAUGUGUAGACAGAACAGAAAAUGUACUGGUUUUCUUUUAUAAAUGGGUUCUGACAUCCCCUGGCUUUUGGUACUGUCUGUGUAGUGUGUUAUCAGGAUGCUUCCAAUAAAAUGUUUGUAAAUUA